AUGGAGUUUGCAGAAAAGCCUCAUCACCAAAUGGAGGGCAGCCUGCAGGUGGAGUCAGAAGCCAAAAGAUGGAUCCUCGCCGGAAUCGCGCUGAGAAAUCCUCUCAAGCCCAUUCGCGUGGCCGCCACUCACGGCGGCGGCGGCGGCUGGGACAAUAGUGACGACCAAGACGGCGGCUCCUCCACCACUCCGACGUCGGAGGGUUCGAGAAUUCCGAGGAGACUCACGUGCCCGCCGCCUCCCAAGAAGCGAAAAGCAUCCAAGAGAUCAUCAUCGUCAUCGGCUUGUUGGGGUGGGAGGGAGUUCUUCAGCCCCCCAGAAUUGGACACUGUCUUCAUUCGCAGAUUACACACUUGA